AUGCUUCUUUCUAUUCCCUUCCCUCCCCUUCCAUCCCCGCCAUCAUGGUUCCCUGGACAUAUGAACAGAUUCACCAAACAGCUACCAGCGUUGUUAUCGCGCACUGACAUCGUCCUCGAACUUAGAGAUUCCAGACUUCCACUGACCAGUAUUAAUCACAACUUUGAGGGCGCGAUAAGAAAGUGGAGAGCGGAACGAGGAAAGGUGACUUACUCGUCACAGCCCCUCCGCGGUGCGGCUGUGGAAUCAUCGCCUGUAUCGGGCUAUGGCGGCAUGACAUGCGAGCGUAUUAUUGUUUUAAAUAAACGCGACUUGGUACCUGAGUGGGGAAUGGAGCCUUUCCGGAGAGCCAUGGCCUCCCGUUUCCCUGAACAAAUAAUUCACUUUGCAUCUUGUAACCGACGUGAGGAUAUUAAAUCUCUCAGCGCCUUGCUCGUAAAUAUAGCAAAAAGAAACCCCCACGCGACAGAAACAAAUGUCUUGGUGGUUGGCAUGCCCAAUGUUGGCAAGUCGACAUUAUUGAACUCACUUCGAAAUUUUGGCAUUGCGGGUCGGACGCCGAAGGCUUUGCAGACGUCCUCUCAACCUGGUCAUACGCGUGCUUUGUCAAACCGUCUCAAAUUGUCCGAGGACCCACUUGUCUACUCUUUUGACACGCCGGGUGUGAUGCUUCCCUUCCUUGGGAGAGGGGACGAAGGCGCAGAACGAGGAGUAAAGCUUGCUUUAAUCGGCGAGUCUUCAUCCUCUAACUGCUUGACUGAAUUACAUGCUAACCUCAUAACAGCUGGUAUCAAAGAGGGUUUAUACGACGUGGAGGCACUUGUGGCCUACCUGUUAUACAGGCUGAACGUCCUACAUCCUGUCUCUCCUGCAUACCUCAAAGUUCUUCCGCCAGGCACUGCGCCGACACCUAGUGUCUCUAUAUUUUUAGAGCAGCUAGCCCGUAGAUUGGGCAUGCUACUUCGCGGGGGUGAGUGCGACACGACGAGAGCCGCAAAAUGGUUUGUAGAAUGGUGGAGAAGAGAAGGUGGUCUCUUCUCUGCCGCAGCGCCGCACGCACUGCCUUCUGCCGUUGCAAUCACCGGGUCACAGGGACAGCAGCCCCAACCAGGUCGCGGCUCAGUUGUCCGUCGAGGGUGGGGGUUUGACCUGGAAUGGUCAGUCGAGCAAGGCGACUUCGUCCCCGAUGUUGCGGUGUCGAUUUUGGAGCAUAGGAUGGGAGAAUGCAUUGACGAGUUUGUGGAGCGCACACAGGAAUAUGAUCGUCAAGGCGGUACGGUUAGCCAGACUCAGGAAAAGAAGCGGACUUGGGAAGAGAAGCUAGCCCAGCGAGCCGCUAAAUCCAAGGCCAAAUUUAUAGCGCGGAAGAAAGGCUUUUAA